AUGGCUAGGAGGCUUCUAUUGUACGUGCUUGGCGCGUUUGUGGUCAGCUUGCAGUUCCACGAAACGGAAGCCCAGCGAUCGCGAGUAUGCUUCGCCCAGUCGGGUGACUACAGCACCAACACGGCGAUGGGCUUCUGCUCGCAGGCCAUCUAUAUGGCGCUGACUCCCACCUCCCGCGGCUUGCUCGGUCUGGUGAAUCCAGCCAACGAUGCGGACGACAUUCUGGGUGGAAUCAAAAAGUUUACCAGCAGGAAAACCACCUAUACCUACCUCGAGUUGUACUUGGGUAUGGUGGGAAGUGUCAGUGCUGGCAAUAUCGCUUGGCUUAACAAUCCAACCACAAGAACCUCAUUCAUUCAGCUGGUGGUCGACAAACUAAAAGUUUAUCCGGAAAUGACUGGAUUGUAUGUGGAUUUCGAAGGAAUGACAUCCACCUUUACAGCCAACUACGCAGCCUUCCUUACAAGUCUGAAGACCGAGCUUGAUAAGAUAAAUGUAAAGCUCGCCACGGCCCUGCCUUACGAUGCCCUUACAUACGCUGGCGUGUACUAUAACACUGUGCUGCCCACGUUGCCGUUCAACGUGCUUAAAACGUACGAAGACAUGUAUGCAACCUCGACGACAGUUACCCACCCUAUGGCCCUUCUCUAUUCACUGACAGCUCCAUUCAAUGUGGAUUCCAAAACAAUUUCCAACAAUGUAUUCCGGUGGGUAAUCGCUGGACUGCCAACCACCAACAUCAUCCUUGGUCUGCCGAUGUACAGCUUGAAGUUCACCGCAUCUGGUGCAACGAAUUUCAAUGGGGCAGCUACGGCUCUCGUGAAAGAUACAUACUGUAACGCUCUCCUUUUCGGUUCAACCAACACUGUUGGCGCAAGUCAAGCUGGAGAAGGUUUCGCAUACAGUGCUUCUACCUUCUAUACUUACAACACGUUCGCGUCGGUCAAUGAUAAACUGUCUUUCGCCACUGCAACGAACUUGGGUGGCGUAGCACUCUACUCGCUUGACCAAGCAGGAAGUACCAAUGCUGAAUUGUUGCGAUACACCACGAGUGUCCUUGCACCUGCUCCUCCUACCGGGGCCACUUAUCCGGCAGCUGAGCCAGCAACGUGUGGUGUCCCGAUCACAUUCCCGGUGCCACCGACUACCACCACCACAACGACACCAACAACUACCACAACGACAACGACCACAACACCAACCACAACAACAACGACCACAACACCAACCACAACAACAACGACCACAACACCAACCACAACAACAACGACCACAACACCAACCACAACAACAACGACCACAACACCAACCACAACAACAACGACCACAACACCGACUACUACCUCUACGACCACAACACCGACUACUACCUCUACGACCACAACACCGACUACUACCUCAACAACAACGACUCCAACAACUACCUCUACGACCACAACUCCUACAACAACCUCAACAACCACUACUCCAACAACUACCUCUACGACCACAACACCGACUACUACCUCAACAACAACGACACCAACAACUACCUCUACAACCACAACACCGACUACCACCUCAACAACAACGACUCCAACUACUACCUCUACGACGACUACACCAACGACUACCUCUACAACCACAACACCAACUACAACCUCUACGACCACAACACCGACUACUACCUCAACAACAACGACUGAAACUACUACCUCUACGACCACUACACCAACUACUACCUCUACGACCACUACACCAACUACUACCUCUACGACCACUACACCAACAACUACCUCUACGACCACUACACCAACUACUACCUCUACGACCACUACACCAACAACUACCUCUACGACCACAACACCGACUACUACCUCUACGACCACUACACCAACUACUACCUCUACGACCACUACACCAACAACUACCUCUACGACCACAACACCGACUACUACCUCUACGACCACUACACCAACUACUACCUCUACAACCACUACACCAACUACUACCUCAACAACAACGACUCCAACUACUACCUCUACAACCACUACACCAACAACUACCUCUACGACGACUACACCAACGACUACCUCCACAACAACAAUACCAACCACUACAACAGUCGCUCCUGUGUCUGCUGUUGUGUGCGAUGCUGUGGUGCGACCGGAAUAUGGCAACCUGGUGUCGGAAUACUGUGCCGCCCUUAAAGCUAUUUCCACCUACAUCGACUCCGCUGGCACCUGUGGCGUAGUGGCAUAG